GGCCUGGGCGCCUCUGAUCUGUGAUCUCCAUAUCCCUUGACGGUUGAUUUAUACAUUCUCUACAGCGACAGGCGUCGCUUUUCGUUUUUACCAUGUCGACAAAUGCAAACCUGCCGGCAGGAUUUUCCAUUACGUCAAUAAAUGGCCAACGGUGCACAGCGGUCCCGAGGGCUUCGACGACGCUCACAGGCGCCGACGCAACAGCAGCUGCGGCAUUCACUACUACCUCGACGACAACGGCGGCGGCAGCAGCACUAGCAACAGCGAGCGCUCAAGUUCAGCCAAAUGUGGUGGUAGGGGGAGGAGCAGGGGCAGUUACUCCAGUCAGUGUGGCGUCCCUCCCGCCCGCCGCGAGCACUACCUCAAUAGGUGCGACCACCUCCUCUGCCGCAGUUAUCAGUACAUCAUCUACGACGCAAGCGGCGGUCAUUAGUGCUACUGCAUUUCCUGCAUCGAAGGGAACGACCCCGACAACUUCAUCCAGUACGGUGUUAGCCGUUGCGCAAAGCGAUUUGCAUGCUUCUCCCACCAUCAUAUCUGGAAAUGGCAUUGGCAGUGGUUUACAGGCACCUUCAAAAACCUUUCUAAAUUCUUCCCCAGCCUCGACCUCAGAUCAGACACAGUCACAAGCAAGCGUUGGAACGUCCUCCGGCUCCAAACCUAGCGCAGCUCCGGUGGUCGGCGGGGUUGUUGGUGCUAUGGGCCUCAUUGCAGUCUUAUCCCUACUAGUCUGGGCUUUCAGGAGAAGGAGGAAGAUGGGGAGAGAGUCACUACUUACCCCUCUAACCACCAGUCGUCGAAGCGAGUAUUAUGGCGACAAAGCCUCAGUAGGUUCAUCAAGCCGGAGCAAGAAAUGGAGGUCGGGAGUUGGAUAUCAGACGGAUAAGAUCAAGGCAGUGAUAUCCGGCAUGGGAGCAGGGUUAGCAGGCAUUGGGGCUUCUCUGAAGUCGAAGGUUGCAGGAGAUCGAAGUGACACUCCCAGUGUCAACUUGAAUAGGGGCAACUCGCAGUUCCUGGAUGGACCAAUUCCUCAACAUAGCCGAAACAAUUCGGUACUUUCGAACAAUACAGGGACUGUCUCUGUGAAGGAUCGACUGACGGAGUGGUGGGAGCGUGUGGGCGAAAGCCUCAGUUUCAAGUGGCGUCUACGAAAACCGAAAGAACCAGCCGACCCCUUUGCUUCUCCUCGUGGCUUGACAGAGAAACAAGCCAACGUGGGCACCUCGCCUGAUUUCUCCCAACUUCUCGCCAUGGGUGACCGUGAUCUCCAGCUUCGAGCCGAGCGUAGACGCGCAUCCACGUCUGGCACUGGUUCUGUACCGCAAAUUGGUAGCCUAGGACUCAACUUCAACAUAGAUGAUCCAUUUGCGGACCCAAUCAAGGGUUCCAGUCAAGCAUGGAAGCCAGGAAACUCCGCGGCGAACCCUUUCGCCGAUCCCAAAUUCAACUCGAAUCCUUUUGCAGACCCAGCUCGCCCCGAGCGUUCUAUCACUAAAGCUAACACCUACAUCUCCGACAUGAGGCGCUCAAGAGGCCAGUCCGUCGACGCAACCAGCAGAGGCAACAACGCCACUUCAACCUACCGCCCACCAAGCACCGCGGUGGGCUCCCGCUACCCCUCGACUAUCGCACCCAGCAGAGACAGCUACCGAGAUACCGUCUACUCGUCCUUCUCCGCGAACGCACGGAAAGGCAAAGGGCGCUCCGACCCAUUCGAUCUCGAGAGACCUGAACUCUGGCGCCCAAGAGUUAUCACCGACCGUACCGCCAUAAAUCCCAACCCCCUCGGCACAGCGGGUCCACCACGUGCGUCCCGGGCUGGAAACGCCUACAACUCAAGGCAACAACAAUCUGCACGCGUAACGUCCAUUUCAACCUCCAGCUCCAAAUACAGCUCUGGGGUCUCUUCCCUCGGUGACUGGGGAGAACCAGGUCCGGAUCUCGGGCCGGGAAGUGGAAGCAGCAGUUUAAGAGCGAACGCGAGUUCGAACGGUGGGAGCACGGAUUUCAGUGCCAAUAAGGGGGCGCAAAGUAGUUUGGAUGAGAUGAAGCAGGAGUGGGAUGAGAGGAGAGGAAAGGACAAUAUUAGUCCGCAGAGUGUGGAAAGUAAAGCGAGCAGCAAGGGUGGUGUUGGGAAGGCGAUGUGAUGUGUGUAUCCCUCCUCGGGUUGAGGACGGUACAUUUUUCAACAAUCAAAACCCCUGUAUAGGGAAGGCAAUUCAAGAUGGAUGGAAUUGUGGAUUGGGCAUGGCAUCGGGUGGAUUGGGGGUCAUAAUGAGACAUUUACUAGAUGGGUCAGGUUAGGAACAGUGUGGGUGAAUAGGCGUUUGCAUUGCGAUGACUUCGAUCGAUGUCUGUCUGUAUUUUGUUGGACAAGGGAAUAUAUACCAAGGGGAGCGGAGCAAAUCGAGUGGAGUCACUGACUGAAGAGGCCAGGAAGACACCCGAAUGGUAGAAUGGAUAAGAGAUCAGUGCAGAGCCAGAGAGCAACAGAAACGAGGAGACAAACGAGAAAGUGUCAUGACUACACUACUUAUUACUCAUUGCACCCAUGAGAG